CGUGCGGUAUGUGGUUACAAACUUAGAAGGGCUUUUAAUGCAGUGUUUCACAGAGUGUUCCAGCACGCAGAUUUUCUAGGCAGACAUCUCGAUCUUCUCUUUCCGAUCUCAGGAAAUUCUAUCUAUCAUACUCUUUUUCUAGUUCGGCGUUCGCACAAAAAUGUUUUUAUUUAUCGUUCCAUAUGCUUUUUAUUUAUUGAAUGCGCUGGAUGCUGCGGACUACAACUGUUCCUCGUUGUUUUCAUUGGACCCUUUCUUAGGAGCUUAUGAUAUAAUAUUUACUGGCCAAGUAAAUUUGAUAAAUUUUACGAAUGGACUACAAGGAGUGCCGGUGUCAGUGAUAAUGGGCGGUGAACGACAAAUUUUCGACAAAACUUCCGAUGGAAAAUACAUACAUACCACAAAACGAGCAAACUCCACCUUUAGCUCCUCGGUGACUUUUGAGCUGAACAAGCCGGGAACAGCCAGGACGGUGAACUUCACAUUCUCAAUGAUCAACGCCACUGCACUACAAGGCACGUACGAACAGACCCUGCAGGAUGGCCGAAUUACCGAUUAUGUCAUCAUAUACUCAUUUAGUCCUGACGCCAGUAAUUUGUGGAUUACUAUCACCGUAUCAAAGCCAAUCCAGCUUGCGGCAUUUGUGCCCUUUUAUCGUCUCAAAAACGGCGACGUGGGACCACUUACUUUAGCUCCACCAGCCACUUCGAAUCGCUAAAAAACCAGUAUGCAUUAAUAACGUUAUUGAUACUAAGGUUCCUGCGUAUUUAAGAAAACUGAAGUGUUUGUUUAUAUAUGGUCCAUUUCAAAUAUCUGCAGUCAGCAGGCAUGAUCUUGUAUUCCGCAUAAUAAAGAUAAUCGUCAGUUGCAGAU